AUGGUUGUGUCUCUUGAUCACCUUCCGGAGGAGAUUCUUCAUUCCAUUCUAUGCCAUUUGCACCCGCGCUCUGCCGCCGCGCUCGAGCAGACCAGCCACCGAUUCGAGAAUGUGACCAACGGACCACUACUAUGGCGGCGCUACUGCGAAAUAUACUACAAAUCAUGGGACAAGAAACAUGAGAUUUUACAAAAACUUGCGCUUCCGGUGUCGGCUGUCGAUUGGAAGGCUCUCUUUGUGUCGAGAUAUCACAUUGACCGGGCUGUCACUCAACUUCUGGAUAGUAUUCUUGGCAGUCAAACAGGACGCAUUGAGAAAUUUCGCGCCGUUAUCGAUUAUGGAUACGACGCGAAAGAUACCCUUCUGCGACACAGUACAGUGGAAUCGGGCGAGGAUCAUCUUGCGAGAAGGUACUAUUCGCGCGCACUUUUAACCUGUCUUCAUCGGAGCAUUGCGGUUCCGGAGUGGGCCAGGCUCCGACGGGGUGAGCCAGUGUCGCUAGAGCGCGCCUUGGGGGCGUUCGACCUCUUUAUCCCUGAGAGCGGAUAUGGGGACCUGGACGAGGUCAAAGAAACGCUCGAUGAUCUCGUCGCCCAAUUUGGUGCUUCUCGUUCCGAAUUGGAUGAUCUUAGCCCCCGCAACAAGGCUCUGUUACUUGCAUCUUGGCUACGGGAUCGCAAUCUGACGGGGAUUGAAUUGGGUCGGGAAUAUCAUGCCUUGGAACACAACUUCCUGGGCCUGGCCCUGAACAGUCCAGGACACAACUCCCUCCCACUGAUCUCUGCAGCCAUCUAUUGCUAUGUGGCGCAAGCAAUUGGUUUGGAUGCUCAGCCUUGCGGCUUUCCAUUUCACGUCCACGUCAUUGUCACUCCACUGCCUGGCUUUGACAUGAAUGGGGAGGCUCUGUCCGGAAUGGAUGUAGGCCCUCCCAUGUAUGUGGACCCAUUCCGAGGCGCACGGGAAACCCCGGUUUCUGAUCUACGAGACCAACUUGUUUUUCUUGGUGCUUCUGAAACGGAGCAGGCGGCGUUCCUGGGCCCAUCAUUAACGUCAGAGAUUGUCCAGCGGUGCAGCAGAAACAUUUGGACUUCAAUUCAUUCCACUCCCCAUCCCCCUGACGGGCACACAACAUCGAUGGACGUGGUGAGUGCAAAAUACGCCUCCUUAUGGUCCUCGAUGCUUCUUACGGGGGAUUCGCGACCCAUGGACCUACGUCACCACCUGCCCUUGCUCAUGGAGCUUUUUGCCACGGAUUUUCCCUCCGACAUCUUUUUGGUAGAGAAGUAUAUUGUCCCUCUAUUCCAGGGUCUUUUCGAGCAUGAACAUAUUUUGGAAAGUCUCCAUGUUAUGCGCGCCGUGGAUGAGAUUCCCAAGCAGGUGCGCCGGCGGACUGGUGAGAAUCAGAAUAUUCGAUUCUCAGUGGGUCAGGUUUUUCGACACCGUCGGUAUCAUUACCGUGCUAUCAUCACUGGCUGGGAUCGCGAAUGUGGUGCAGGGGAGCAGUGGAUGCGACGAAUGGGCAUUGAUCGCUUACAGGCGGGCCGUCAUCAAAGUUUCUAUCAUGUUCUCGUGGAGGAUGGAAGCGUCCGAUAUGUGGCAGAGGAAAACAUCGAUCUGAUUCUCCCUAAAUUCAGUGAGUUACCUUCCAGUCUGACGAGCAUUGCGGGGAAGCAUUUCAAACGGUGGGAUGAGGAGUGUCGGGCUUUUGUCAGUAAUAUGAGGGACGAAUACCCUGAUAAUUAG